AUGGACGCCUUCUUCUCCACGGACAUAGCAGAACCGCCAUGGACGCCCGAUGAGCUGCCCCCGCUCCUCGAGGCGGGAGUUGGUGCCGCGUCGAGCGAUGGGGCCGGGGACAACGGCCGGAGGCAUGCGCGGCCAGGGCCAUGGCCGGCGGAGCUUGGCUGGGGCAACGGGGCCGGCGGAGCCUGGUUGGGGCGACGGGGCCGGCGGCGCCCAUGGCAAAGGGGGAAGGGCGAUGGGGACGGCAGGCGACGUCGUGGCGGAUGCCUGCGGAGCUUCGAGGGUGACAGGGCUAAGGCCGGGGGUGACGGAGGAAGUGGCCGGCGCCGGCGCGAGAGGUGGUGGCCAGCGGGCGAGGUGGUGGCCGGACGCCGGCGGAGCUUCGGGCGCGGCAGGGCCGGGGGCGACAGGGAGGGGGCCGGGGGGACGACAGGGACGGGGCCGGGGGCGGGGGCGAAGGGAGAAGUGGCCUGGGCUGGCGGGAGAGGUGGUGGCCAAUGGGAGAGGUGGUGA